AUGAACUUUGUGCAGCACAACAGUCACCUGGGAUGGAAGUUUAACAAAAGAGCAAAGCCAAUCCUGAUCGACCCUGGUUUGUACAGUGUAAAUAAAUCUCAGAUUUUUUGGGUACUUAAACAAAGAGAACUGCCAACUGCUUUCAAGCUUUACACAGGAUCUGCAUGGACGGUCUUAUCGAGAUCGUUCGCCGAGUACACGAUAGUCGGGUGGGACAACCUCCCGCGAACCCUCCUCCUCUAUUACACCAACUUCGUCUCGUCACCCGAGUUCUAUUUCCAAACGCUCAUAUGCAACUCGGACGAGUUCAAGGGCACAACCGUCGUCAACUCGGACCUUCACUACAUAUCGUGGGACAAUCCCCCGAAACAACACCCACGCACGCUCAGCCUUCGAGACUACAGAAGAAUGGUCUCGAGCAAUCGGCCCUUUGCCCGCAAAUUCAAGCAAAACGACCCAGUUCUUGGAAGGAUCGACCGACAGCUACUCAAUAGGGGGCCUCGGCAAUUUGCGUUUGGAGGUUGGUGUUCUGAUGACAAAGAUAGUUUGUCGGGAAAUAAGUGCGCGGGUUUGAAGUGGGACCGUUACGGGACUUUGAGGCCCGGCCCAGGUUCGAGGAGGCUGAGGAUAGCCUUGAAUAAGUUGAUUUCGAGCUCUCCUCGAAGGUUGGAAGGAAUAGUUUGUAGUUGGUGA